UCUCUCUCUCUCUCUCCCUUAAAAAAUAAAUGCCCUUUUCUCUCUCUAAAACCCUCCCUCUCAAAUACUGCUCUGUCUCUCUCACUUUCUCGCUCUAUAUGAUUACGUACAGAUCAGGCCGAACCUUGCCGUGCUUCGAUUCCUAUAGAGCUCCAGCUUCUUCUCUCUAAGGAAGCUCAAUUUCCUAGGGUUUUAGUAGUAGCCGCGGCUCGCACUUCGAUGUCGCCGUCGUCGUCGUCGUCUUCUUCCAAGUGCUGCUACAAUUCCGAGUGCGGCGAAUUGAAGCCGGAGCACCCGAGGAAGGCCUGGCGCCUCCGCACCGGCGACUUCGCCGAGCUCUGCGAUCGAUGCGCUCUCAUUUAUGAAGAAGGAAGAUUUUGUGAGACUUUUCAUGUGAAAGCUUCUGGGUGGAGGUGUUGUGAGUCGUGUGGAAAGCGGGUUCAUUGUGGAUGUAUCGUUUCAGCUCAAGCCUUUACCUUGUUGGAUCCUGGAGGGAUUGAGUGCGUAACAUGUGCAAGGAAACAUAUUGUUUUGACAUCAAAUCCAGCAUGGGCACCAACUUUGUUCUUUCAUUCACCUUUAUCUGAUAGACUGAAGGACAUGUCUGGCAAAAAUUGGACUCAGUUGGCCGGAUCUGGUCCUGUACCAUGGAGGCAAGCACCCAGUUUAUUCAAUUCUUCAAUUUCUUCAUCUGAGUUGCAUGGGAGGUUGCCAUAUGAUGUUGAUGGUUCAAUGGGAAUUAAUAAACUUAAUGCCGGUGAAAGAGUAUCAGUCCAUCCCUUGGAAAAGAAGAAAGCCGAGGAUUUCUCUGAAAGAUUAAUGAAAGUGAACCUUGCAAUUGGCACACCAGUUAGUUUUGAAAAUGGGAAUUCAGGAAAUAAAUGCAUGGAGCAAAGCAGUUCAUGUUUAAAUAUAUCUCAACAGCCUGCCUCUUUGAAGGAGGAACCAUCUACUCCACAGUUUGUCCUGUCUGUACCUUAUGUAUCAGCAAGUGAAACAAAUGGUCAAGUGGUGGUUACGGGAACCAAUUUGCGGCCUGCCCUUCCUAUGGUAAAGCAGUUCAAUGGUACUUUACAUAAUGGAGUUGAAUUGUCUGGUGAUACUCAGAUCCGCAAUGCAAGGCCUCGAGCAGAUGCACGGGGAAGAAGUCCAUUACUUCCACGGUACUGGCCUAGAUUUACUGAUCAAGAGCUACAGCAAAUGUCUGGAGAUUCAAAUUCUGUCAUUACUCCAUUAUUUGAGAAAAUGCUGAGCGCAAGUGAUGCUGGGAGGAUUGGACGUCUGGUGUUGCCAAAAAAGUGUGCAGAGGCCUACUUCCCACCGAUUUCUCAGCCUGAAGGAUUACCGCUUAAAGUCCAAGAUUCGAAGGGCAAGGAAUGGGUAUUUCAGUUUCGCUUCUGGCCCAACAAUAAUAGCAGAAUGUAUGUUUUGGAGGGGGUUACUCCUUGCAUACAAUCCAUGCAAUUGCAAGCAGGCGACAUAGUGACAUUCAGUCGAUUAGAGCCCGGAGGGAAAUUGGUUAUGGGGUGCAGAAGGGCUUCAACUGCCCCAUCUGAUCAGGAAAAUGAUACAAACAAGAUGGGGAAUGGAGUUUCAGCCCAUGUAGAUGUUAGUAUAACAGAUACCAAAUCUGGUGAAGUUUUUUCAAAUGCUGAAUUGGCAGAUCCUAGUACAUUUCCCAAAGGUGAUAAGUCAAGUUACAUAUCAAAAGAAGUAGAGGGAGCUAAAUCUUUGAUCUCUCGAAAAAGGAAAAAUAGCAACUUGGGGUCUAAGAGUAAGCGCCUGAGAAUUGAAAAGGAAGAUCUGAUAGAGCUGAAGAUAACAUGGGAAGAAGCUCAAGGACUGCUUCGCCCUCCUCCUAACCAUGUUCCUACUGUUGUGGUGAUUGAAGGUUUUGAGUUUGAGGAAUAUGAGGAUGGUCCAAUUCUUGGGAAGCCGACACUUUAUGCUACAGGAAGUAAAGGUGAGAAGAUUCAAUGGGCACAAUGUGAAGCCUGUUGUAAGUGGCGCAAAUUGCCUGUUAAUGCCCUUCUUCCCUCAAAGUGGACUUGCUCAGAUAACUCAUGGGACCCUGAUAGGUCAUUGUGUUCAGCAGCUCAAGAGUUGACAACAGAACAGCUUGAAGAUCUGCUUCCCCGUUGUAAUUCAGUUGCUCCUAAGAAAAUAAGGGCUGCUAAACAGGACCCAGAUAACAUUGAAGCUUUGGAGGGGCUUGAUACACUUGCAAACCUAGCUAUCUUGGGAGAAGGUGAGUCACUCCCAGCAUCAGCUCAGGCCACAACAAAGCACCCCCGACAUAGGCCCGGAUGCUCAUGCAUUGUCUGCAUCCAGCCCCCUAGUGGGAAGGGUCCUAAACACAAGCAAACGUGCAUCUGCAAUGUAUGCUCAACAGUGAAGCGCCGGUUCCGUACGUUAAUGAUGCGGCGCGAGAAGAAUAAGUCGGAGAAAGAAGCAGAAACUACACGCAAAAAGCAGCAGCAACAGCAAUUACUAGACGAUGAGACCCUCCUAUGUGGUAACGCAGGAAGUAGCAGUCCAAACAACAAAGUGGAGGUCCUUGAGCUUUCUGAUGAUGACUUUAACAGGACGAAAUCUCCAACUCCACCUUAUAAAGGCCAAAUUGACCUGAAUAUCCAGCCAGAGCGGGAGGAAGAUCUAUCACCUGGCUCAGAUUCUGGUGGCGUGAUAAAGUUGCUCCAAGAUGCCACAGAAAGGUAUCUCAGGCAGCAGAGGCAGAGUUUGUCAACCUCUGGUGGUGGUGAAAGAUCAAUGGGCAACAAGUCGCAGCGAGCUGGAGGUGAAGCAGGGGGAGAACCACUUGGCAACAUUGCAAUUCUUGGGAAUAGCAAUCAUGAUAGUGGCAAUGAUCAUCCUGCAACUUUAUCUGUCAAAGCUUCAGCUUCCAUGACAGCUACGUGAUAAAAUCAAUGGAUUCCAUUGUGCAAUGAUAUGUCAAUGGUUUUGAACCAGUUAUAGUUUCUGUUGUACAUUCAUCACUGACAUGGCGUCUCAGGUUGUAUAUAAAGAAGAGAGGUAGGAAGAGGGCAACUUGUCUGAGAAACUAUAGCUGGGGAUUUGUUGUUGUGCUCUCUAUAGUUGUAUAAGCGGUAAUUUAUAGGGAACUGAUGACUGCGACUGAUGUGGGUGGAGGUUGAAGCUAUGUAGUUCCAUUUUUAGAAGCUCACCUUGCUGUCUAGUGCAGUAACAUUCAGGAUGUAACUUAUAUCUCCUUUUCGGUCACAGGAGUAGAAAUUGCAUUCACCCAAUUGUGUAUUUUACAUUUUUUUCACGCAAAUUUGAGCAAAUAUUAAUUAAUUGAUUAAUAUAUUGUUCAUUUCAAUC